AUGAAGGUAGGAGUUAUUGAGACCCAUCACUCCCAUGCAAUCAUUCCCAGUGUGGUGGUGCAAGACACCAGUGAGGAUCCUGGACUGACAGAGAAAGGGGAAAACAGGAAAUGGUAUCUACCCGGUGCGUUUGCACAAUACAAUGUUAACAACAAUAGCAAUAAAGACGAAGAGAAGAAAAAGAAAAAAGAAAAGAAGAGCAAGUCAGAAAAUAAAAAGGAUGGAGAAAGACAAAAGAACAAGGAAAAAAAGGAAAAACACAAAAAUAAAGAUAAGAAGAAAGAAAAGGAUGAAGAGAAGAAGAAAGAUAUUUUCAUCAUUGAUCCAGCAGGAAAUAUGUAUUACAACUGGUUGUUCUGCAUCACAAUGCCUGUCAUGUACAACUGGACAAUGAUUAUUGCUAGAGCCUGUUUUGAUGAGCUUCAGAAUGACUACUUACCUGUAUGGUUUAUUGUUGAUUAUGUUUCUGAUGUCAUCUAUAUUGCUGACAUGUUUGUACGGACAAGAACAGGUUACCUGGAACAAGGUCUUCUAGUGAAAGAAGAACAAAAGCUUAAAGAGAAAUAUAAGAGCUCCCUGCAAUUCAAAUUAGAUUUUCUGUCAAUCAUACCAACUGACCUCUUAUACUUUAAGUUAGGGCUGAAUUACCCAGAAUUGAGAAUAAACCGACUGCUCAGAGUAGCUCGGAUGUUUGAAUUUUUCCAGCGAACAGAAACAAGGACAAACUACCCAAAUAUCUUCAGGAUCUCUAACCUUGUCAUGUACAUUGUGAUUAUUAUUCACUGGAAUGCCUGUGUGUAUUACUCGAUCUCAAAAGCCAUUGGAUUUGGGGCUGACACGUGGGUCUACCCCAACACCUCUCAUCCUGAAUUUGCCCGUUUGACCAGAAAGUACGUCUAUAGCCUCUACUGGUCCACUCUGACCCUGACUACUAUUGGUGAAACACCCCCUCCUGUACAAGAUUCUGAGUAUUUCUUUGUGGUUGUUGACUUCUUGGUGGGAGUAUUGAUUUUUGCUACCAUCGUUGGUAACGUCGGCUCUAUGAUCUCCAACAUGAAUGCUGCCAGGGCAGAAUUUCAAGCAAAGAUCGAUGCUAUCAAGCAGUAUAUGCACUUUCGGAAUGUAAGUAAAGACAUGGAAAAAAGAGUUAUAAAGUGGUUUGACUAUCUCUGGACAAACAAAAAAGCUGUGGAUGAAAGGGAAGUCUUGAAGUAUCUGCCAGACAAACUAAGAGCAGAGAUUGCAAUCAAUGUUCACCUGGAAACAUUAAAAAAAGUUAGGAUUUUUGCAGACUGUGAAGCCGGUUUGUUGGUUGAACUUGUUUUGAAACUCCAGCCCCAAGUAUACAGUCCUGGAGACUAUAUUUGCAGAAAAGGAGAUAUUGGACGAGAAAUGUACAUUAUCAAAGAAGGCAAACUUGCAGUAGUCGCUGAUGAUGGAGUGACACAAUUCGUAGUCCUAAGUGAUGGCAGCUAUUUUGGAGAAAUCAGCAUUCUUAAUAUCAAAGGUAGCAAAGCUGGCAAUCGAAGAACAGCCAAUAUUAGAAGUAUCGGAUACUCAGACUUAUUCUGUCUGUCUAAAGAUGAUCUCAUGGAGGCUUUAACAGAGUAUCCUGAUGCAAAGGCAAUGCUGGAAGAAAAAGGUAAACAAAUCCUCAUGAAAGAUGGAUUGCUGGACAUUGAAGCUGCAAAUUUAGGAAGUGAUCCUAAAGACCUGGAAGAGAAGGUUGCUUAUAUGGAAGGAACAGUGGACAGAUUACAAACAAAGUUUGCCAGGUUGCUAGCUGAGUAUGAUGCUGCACAACAGAAACUGAAAAAAAGACUUACACAAAUCGAGAAAAUACUGAAGCCAGUGAUAGAGCAAGAAUUCUUAGACUUUGAAGAAGCAGAUCCAUCCACAGAUAAACCUGGAGUGACAAAAACAGAAUAAAAACCUAGCGAUUGGCAAUAGGACUGAAGGUCCAGUCUUUCUGACUGAAUACAUUCUUCUCUAGGCUUGUAUGACCCAACAAUUACUUACAAAAAAUUAUCCAUUGAGGUAAUAUCACCAAUUCCCUAAAAGCAACACAUAUUUGACAUCUUUAGGAAGGAAAGAAGAAUCAAGAAUGAGGAUGGGACAUAAAAUCUCACUCUUUAUGUUACACCUUUGUACGCCUAAUGCAUUCUACUUGUGUAGGAAUACUGAAGGUUUUCCUGACUGCUUUAAAAUCAUUUCUUCAUGUCUUCUUAUGGAAAGAUAAAAAAAGUUUGGUAACUGUAUUAAUUAUCUCAAGUAAAUAUAGGCAUGAAUCAUGAUAAUAAUUUGUGUAUAAACAAACACAUUUUAAUAUCUGCUGAUUAAAGUACGAUUAAUUAAAUAUGGGAUAUUAUUACAUAUUUCUGUUCCUAAAAAAUCAGGUAUAUCUACAAUGCAGAUGUGAGCAUUGAAGGUUGUAGGAUCUGGAAAAUAUUAUGACUUCAUUGGGUCCACCUCAGCUGAUUCCUUGAAGUAAGAAUGGGCAGUUUUAAAAUGGUGGGGUUUUUUUUAGGAAUAUUACAGGAAAAGGCUGGAGUAUGGAGGGGAGAAAAUCCCCUCCCCUGGCCUCUUUUACAUAUCUGUAUGAGAAGUAUAGAUAGAAUACUAGCUGUUCUUUCCACAGUGAUAGCAGAUACUGAAGAAUGCUCUGCUCUGUGCAAACACAUGGGUGCUGAGCAUUGACUACUCCUCCUCAAAUAUAACUGCUUAAAAAUCUUUAUAUUGCUAAAGUAACAGCUAUGGAUACCAGCAAAGUGCAAAAGGAAGAGACGAUGGAAGGAGGCCUGACUGUCCCUGCAGCAUCUUCUGUAGCUACUUCUGGGGAAAAUACUUUUCUUUUUUUCCCUUAAAUUGUCUGGGUAUUUCUUUCUUCUGUUCUUACUACUAAUAUAGUUAAAUUCACAGGUUUAAGUCUGGUAAGUUUUCAACCCAUUUAAAAAUCAUCGUCUCCAUGGCUUUUCCUUAAUUUGUCUUUUUCUCAUUGGAAAAAUUGUUUUUAUUAGUUGUGGUCUCAGACUUGCCCAGGUAUUUUCAGUAUAUUUUUUUCCAUAGUCACUUGAUGUUGGACUAAUUUAGUGACUGUGAGUGAAGAAAGGGAGUGCACGGAGAGAAUACAUAAUUCUGUAGUUAGAGUAUUUUUAAUGUCUUGGGCAAUUGGACUUCCAGUCUUAAACAGUACAUGUGUAAAAACUUAUCACUUGAUAAUGUAUCUAUAUUUCUAUUUUGUUCUGUUCUUUAGUAAGAUGGAAAUGCUACAUAUUGGAUCUUUUGUUUGAGCAAAGUGUAUUCAUUUAUUUUUAUUUUUUAAUGCUGACGAGAUUCUAGAAUGGGAGAAACCUAUAAACAACUGAUUUCACAGUGAGAAUUAAAUGUC